AUGUUUACAUGCAGAUGUACCUCCUCACAGUACUUCAACACGACGCAGAGAACUGUUACGAGCGACAGCGCAGAGACUACAUCGUCGGCAGACUCGAGAUAUAUCGCACCUUAUGCAACACACCGCAGAUAUGUCUGGACAUUGGCUACAUGGCGCGGGAUAAAUUCUGCUGUCAAUUUCGUCACUGUUGGAACAGUUUUCGUCGGCGUUGACCCGGCAGCCUCUACUGCUUCGACUACCACGAUCUUCCACUCCGAGUACCGCAAUAAAUCGGUAGAGUUGUGGACAAGAACGGACACCAACUCCGAUGGAACUGUCACAGCAACAGCGACAGACUUGAGUGGAAGGGAAAUCACCUUGGCAUAUCCGACAGCCUAUAACACUAUUGAUGCCCGCGUCACAUGGGCUGUCCUGACACCUUCCAAAACCGACAGCUCCACGUGCUGCUGGUACAAUUUUGUGUCCGCCACUCCUCAAACUCCGAUAGUAUCUCCAGCACCGAAUACAGCCGCCGACGUUGAUGAUCCUCAAGGACUCAAAUAUACUCUGACCUACCUUUCCAGAGACAACCGCUAUAAUAUUCCGAAUGAGCAGCUGCAGUUUCCCUUGCCGGCUGCUGUUACUGAUGCGCCUAUGUGCAUAGCAGAUCUCUGCGGCAUUAGAGGUGGCGGAAUUCCACGAACACACAUCUCUGUUGGAACCACGCAAUCGUAUCUCUUGGCUACAACGACGACCACGCUGACUGGUAUUGGAACUCAGUUUCAAGUACUGCCUACGCCUCAAUUGCCGCAUCAUACGUUGGCCGUGGUGCCGGCUCCCACGAUACCCAUCGUCACCAGCAGCCCCGGCACACUCGCUGAGAGUCGUGCGGUGGACGAGCCUGCAAUACCGACUUCACAAGUCCCUGGUGAUGCUUCAGUUCAUGGUCCUGGUCCGCAGCAACCACCACAGAAAAGCGUCUCUCAGUCUUCACCGUUACCGAUUACCUUCAACUCUGUCACCCUUCAACCUCAAGCAUCAGCUGUGAUUAUCGAGGGCCAAACGCUUACCCUUGGCUCUGCUCUAACACUAGGCUCUGGACCUUUAGCGACUACCGUCGCUCUGCACAAGUCAGACUCUUCCAUCAUCCUCCAAAUCAACGAUAAGGCCUCCACUAUCCAGUUGUUUCCGACUCCGAAACCAGCACUGAUGGACCACCAUCUACCUCCAUCCUUCACAAUGGGUCCACAGGUCAUCACGGCAAAUUCAGAAUCUCAGUAUAUCAUCCAGGGAGAGACUCUUACACCGGGCUCUCGGAUCGUUAUCGCAGGCUCGACGAUCAGUCUCGCGCCGAAUGCACAAACACUGGUCAUCAAUGGACAAACACAGACUCAAGUGGCAGCCGCAAAUAUCACGCCCGCACCAAAGCUGACAAUCGGGUCGAUGGUUUUCACAGCCGAUCCCUCCUCCAAAUUUGUGAUCGAGGGCCAGACAUUGCAACCCGGAGGUGCGCCAAUAGUGCUCGAUGGAGGCAAAACGACAGUGAGUCUCGCGAGCAAUGGUGCUCAGAUCGUCGUGAAUGGCAGAACGACGGAUCUACAGCCCAAUGGAGCAGCCGCUUCGAUUACUGUUGGGUCGACAAUGUACACCGCGAAUGCUGAUGGCAGAUACGUCGUCGAUGGCCGGACAUUAGUUCCAGGAGGUUCUGCGAUUACAGUUCAUGGGACUACGUUGAGCCUGGGAUCUGGAGGAAGAUACAUCGUCGUUGAUGGGAAGACAGAAACGGUUGCACAGAGUACCAGUGGAGGGGAUGAAGCGGAGGGUGACAACGGACAGUGA